UUUGUUUCGUUUGUUCAGUGAAACAGUUCAAUGUUCCGUCCGGAUUGAUGCCAUCUGAAAACCGCAAAAGUGUCUCUUAAAAAAUGCUGGACGGUGGCAGAAAAUUAAACCGGAUUUAGUGUUAGGAAGCAGCUAAAUAACCAACUAACGGUACCUGAGCCGCCUGCCACUCAGCUACCAUGCCGGACUGGGUCACUUUGUGUGCGGUCAUUGGCCUGCCUUUAGCUUGUUACUUGUUGUAUUCGGGACUCCUGUCUGACAUCACCAUAUUUAGUGGCUCUCCUCCUAUAAAGAAGAUCACAUUCGCUUACAAAUUCAAAGAAGGACCAUACAGACACCGCGGACAACUUUUUAGGGAGUCUAGUGGUAUUGGACCAAAGCUUCCAUGCAUCGGGAUAUAUUAUGACAAGCCUGAUAAGGUGCCUGGACCAGAGCGCCGCUAUGCUGUUGGCAGUAUUCUGAGUGAGGGAGAAGACAAGGCCAAUGAGGAGCUUCUAAAGCGCUAUGAGACAUCUGGCUUUAAAGUUUUUUCCUUUCCUGAAGCCACUCACGUGGUCACUACCUCAUUCCCCUACAGGACGUUUGGCUCUAUCUUCCUGGCAUUAUACAGAGUCUACCCACGACUAACCGAAUACAUGAAGAAAAGGAAGCUGUGGGCAUACCCGAUCGUUGAGAUCUACAGAGACGGUCAGAUCCAGUUCAUGGCCCCUUUGGCUCGACAGGGAGAUUUCUAUGUGCCUGAAGCACAUGAGAAAGUAAAGAAGCGACCAGAAGAAGAGGAAUCGUACAGUGACACAGAUGUCUCAGGUGCAGAGUCAAACAGUGAAUACAGCUCAGGGAGUGGGGUUCUCCUGUCAGACAGCAGAGAGACAUCCCUGGCAGCGUCCUCUGUCCACUCUACUUCUAUCCAUGAUCAAGGGGACAGAGAGUACAGAGAGAGAAGCUUCGGGGGAACCUCUUUAAUAGAGCUGGACUGGGAACAGACUGAUGAACGACAGGACGAGAGGCAAGAGCAACUUCAUGGAGACUCGAACCAGAAGAGUGCGGAGGCUCCACCUCAGGAGUUGUUGGGUGUUGUUGGAGGCGAGGAAUGAAAGUCCAGUCAGUCUCCUUCCAUCAACAAAUCCCAUAAAAAGAUCAAAGCCAACUGUGUCAGUCCGUCUUUCAACCCUUUCUGCCCUCCCUAUUUUGUCUGUAGCUCUCAACCACAAGCCCAUUCUUCCUACUGAACAUAUAAAUCUUUUAAAAAAAAUGAAUAUAAAGUUUAAGGUUUUUUGUUUUUUUUUAAAGAUAAGUAAUGUCCUAAAAUAGCUGGGCUCUGUGGUUUUUAGCAAACAUAACAAACAGGAGUAAAUAUGGCAUUUGUUGGGGAAUUAUUUUUCUGAUGAAUACACAUUUGGUGCUCUAGUGGAUAUUUUCAGCAAUACGGAGUUAGCUCAAAAUAAACCACAGUGCCAUGUUUUUGGUAAUAAAGGAACAUUUCGCUCAGUACAACAGAUGUUUAUAUGUUUUUUUUAAGGAAACAAUAGAGGAUUAUGGCUGUAUGUGAGGAUCAAUUCAAUGUUACAUUUAUUCUUUUCAUGGGGUUUGUUGACAAUAAGAAUAUCACCAUAACAUCUGAACCUACCCUUUAAUGUUUUAAAUGCACAUUUUAAACAGAAAGUGUUAGAUAGAUAGAUUUUGACUGAAAAAAUCACUUAAGAUUUGCAGAGCUUAUUCAGGUAGCCUGAGUUACUUGAAACAUUUUUACAUGUAUUGCUUUCAAAAUGAUAUAAGAUGACAUUGUUUAGCCAAAGCUUUCACUUGAAUGUCUUUCACUGUUAGUAAUUUUAUUAAUCCAUUUCAAAUUGAUUGUACUGUUAAUUAUUAUUAUUGUAACACAAAUAGGGAAUUCUGUUUAUUUCAAACAUACUUGUUUCCAGGGCCUUUAAUUUCAUUCAUUAAUAAAAACAACUUGAAAGUGACUAAAAGCA